UUAUGUUCGCAGAUGGACCUAAAUACGUGUACGGUGUCGGCAGUAGCAGCAGGCAGACAGAAAUGGCUGCGCCCACGAACCGGUGCUGCAACGGUGAAGGAGGGUUUGCUGCGUGCCCGCGGACGGCGAACUGUUGGUGGUGGUAUGCGGUGCUCCUGUUGCCCUUGUUAUCCCUGCAGACGGUUACUGCGCUGGUGGAGGGCCUGUACUGCGGCACCGAGGUCUGCUACGAUGUGCUCGGCGUCACCCGGGAGGCCGCUAAGGCAGAGAUCGCCCGUGCUUACCGGCAGCUUGCGCGCCGGUAUCACCCGGACAGAUUCAGGCCGGGUGAGCCCGGCUUAGAGGGAGAGACUCAGGAAUCCUCCCAGAAGAAGUUCUUGCUCAUUGCGACCGCGUAUGAGACGUUAAAGGAUGAGGACACUCGGCGCGACUACGACUAUAUGCUUGACCAUCCAGAGGAGUACUAUCAGCACUACUACGCCUACUACCGCCGACAGCUCACCCCCAAAGUGGACGUCAGGAUUGUCAUCCUGGUCACCAUCUGUGCCAUCUCCAUCUUCCAGUACUACAGCUGGCACAGUAGCUACAACGAGGCCAUCAACUACCUGGUGACUGUCCCCAAAUACCGAAUCCAAGCCACAGAGAUCGCCAAGCAGCAGGGCCUUCUUAACCGUACCAAGGAGAAGGGCAAGAACCGCCGCUCCAAAGAGGAGAUCCGGGAGCAAGAGGAGGAGGUGAUCCGUGACAUCAUCAAAAACAAGAUCGACAUCAAAGGAGGCUACCAGAAGCCCAACGUGUCAGACAUCCUGCUUUGUCAGAUCGUGCUCUCCCCCUACUACCUGACCAACUACGUGGCCUGGUACACAUCCUGGGUUUACCGCUUCACCAUCUGCAGGGAGGAGUACAGAGACGAGGAGAAGUUCUACAUCAUCAGGAGGUACAUGAAGAUGUCACAGUCACAGUUUGACAGUCUGGAUGAAAACACCAGACAGUCCUUCCUGGAGAAACAGCUCUGGAUUAAAGGAAACUAUGAGGUGUACAGAAAGGAGCAGGAGGAGGAAAUGAAGGUGAAGAUGGCAACCGACCCGAGGAUGAAGAGGUACCGUCGCUGGAUGAGAAACGAGGGACCGGGCAGGCUGACAUUCAUCGACGACUGACAGCCACAAGUUCCGUCUUCAACAUACACACCUGCCUCAGUGCCAACAUACACGGACAACGCAUGCCGUGCUGUGUGGAGAAACGCCUGUACAGAAAGAUUGACAAUGCCUGUUUAUAUAGUGAGAGAUAUUUUCAUAGCAGUCAGGCCUCGUAAAUGGGAAUGACUAAGUGGAACAAGCUGGAAGCUGGGGCUUCAGAUUGAGUAAUUUUUUACACCAUGCUAUUUUUUUCAAACCAACAGGAUUAUUUCAUUUUAAAGAAGUCUAAUGAUUAAUGAAAUUUUAUUCUGUAAUUUUCUCCAGAAGUUUUUUGCACUCUCCUGCUCAUAAAAACAGAUGGAUGACUGAG